AUGCACCACCAAGAGGCCUCGGCGGAUGCUGCUGCUGCUGCACAGCUCGGCUAUUCACCUCCACACCGGAAGCGGCUGCCUCCAGCGGAUCCUCCCAAACCGUCGCUAAUCGCUAGUGAAGGCCAUGGGGGCUUCGUGUGCCAAUCUGGUAUAUAUACAGGUUUCCAGCCGUGCUCUACAGGGCUCGCCGCUGCCUGUCGACCAUACCGCACCUUCGGCACAUCUAUGGAUCUACACGGUGGCAUCGUGCUAUGCUGGCAAGUACUGAAUGACAACCAGCUGAUAGUGGGAACCAGUGAUGGUAUAGCGGCGAUUUGGGAUACCCGAAUUCCGGAGCCCAAGACCGUGCUGUGCCAUAAACAUGUGUUUGCCGAAUUCGCCGAGUCUGGGUCGGACAAGUCGGCUCCAGCGCUGGGGGUAGUGAGCGUUGCCUCCUAUGGGGGAUACGUAGUCACGGGAGCUUCCGAUGGGGUAGUGCGGAUAUGGAAGGCGACGAACCGGACGACGCUUGAGGACGUACUUUUCGUCAAGGCUGUCUUUCCCCCACCAUCGUUCCCGCCUUGCGAGCAAAUCCACUUCGCAGUACCGAUGGUGUCCCGACGGACGGACACGUUGGAGGGUGUAUGGGUUGGCACCUCGUUUGGGCGAUGGAUCGGGUUCCCAGACCGGCUGGCCGUACGUGAGACCAGCCAUGAAGCGAUCAUGGCACCGUAUGCUUGCUCUGAUGUUGGCCGUGGAAUCGGUCUCAACUGGGUGGCCAUUGGUAACAGGAAGGCUAUGGUGUGUAUAGCCUCGCCGAACAGGGAGGCCGAUGCGAUAGAAGUACUUGCUAAGCUCAAGCUUCCAGGGGUGGCCACCACGCCGGUCACCUGUUUGAGGUGGCGCGACGAUACUCGUGGGUUGGUGGCGGGCGUGGCCCGAGGCUCCGAAUAUCGUCUGUUUCUACUUCACUGGGAUGGCGUGGGAGCUCCUCUUAGUGUAAGUCACUCCCUAAGCUGGUCCCGAGGGCACGGCGAGCGGCUUCUGGGUGUUGACUGGUUCGAUGGCUAUGUGCUGGGAGUCGAGACUGCCGCUUGUGUGGUGUUUCGCGAGGACCAGGAGCAAGGCACCGAGCCACUGCGGUUGACCGGUGGUCGUAGGGAGCGGGCGACGCGAACGUGCAAGCGUAAGCGUCGCAUAUGCCUUCAAGCGGAAACGCCGAUCUGGUGCAUGGGUGCUGUCCUGGGCAGCAGUGGCGACGUUUUAUGUGCCUGGGAUAACCGUACUGUGAGAUGGCAUUUAGCGGUCGAUGGUGGACACUCUCAAGGAACGGUGGUGUUGAAUGGCCUCGUGCUUGGCAUGUUCAGAAUGGGUCCGGAAAAUUUAUGUGUCGUCAACAGCAGCGAAGUGAUGCCAUUGUCCCGGCCUCCUGGUGAGGAAGCAAGCACGGAAUCCACAACUGUUCCUGGCGAGUUCAAUGGGGAAACGACCAGCAGAUAGAGGAAUUGCCAUCGUAGGAAUUCGCGAAUUUCAUACGACUGUCACUGGUUGUAGUAUUACAGUAAACUAGUACUCUCGCGUAGUCCAUUCUAUUGCCAAUCCAAGUUU